CAGCUGUCGUUUCUGUAUAAUGGCCUUCAUGAUCCUAGUUUCGUCAUCGGAGGGUGGGCUGUAUGGAUUCUACCCUUGCCCCUAAAACAGCCAUGGUUAUGGGGAGCCGCCAGUCCGGCCACAGCACCACGGGUGCAUUAUGCGCUGCCAAGCCUUCUCAGAGUCAUUCCCUCGAUGCCAGCCAACCCCCCGACGCGGCCGGCGCUGCCGACCAGAAGGAACUUUCAGAAACGCCGGGUGCAGCUAGUAGCGGCGCUGAGGGCGAGGUUCCCGCUGAUGCCGCCGUCAGUCCAGAGGUUCCCUCGGUCGUAGUUGUAGAGCCAACCUCUAGAGGUAUAGAAGAAAUACACUUAGAACCACAAGUAUGUGAAAUCAGAGUGCAGCCGCCGACGCCGAUCAAAACGCCUUCAGAAGCACCUCAGUUUGAGACGGAGACCAGUUCGGCGCCCAGCGCUCCCCCGCUUCCCGACGACACAUCUCCCAGCAGCGCAUCUCCUGCCACGACGUCGAAACCGGAACCGGCGCCGACGGGCCACACAUCGAAUACCGACAGCACCGACUCGGCGGAGAGACGCCCCUUCCGGCCGUCGGCACCGGAUCUCCCGUCGUACGAAGAUGCUGUCAUCGCCUCGUUGACGCCCGAAGCUGGGGGCGAUUCUCGAACCCCGAAGGCCCCCGGUGCGGCCCCGAAGCCGUCGGCGCUUCCGCGGGUACGGGAUGUGCGUGUGGGCGUGAACCUCGUCCGUGCAGCGGGCAAGUUGCUGACCUUCUUGGCCACCGUGGAUGCUCAUCCCGCCUUGUACAGCGGGCCUUUGGUGAAGGCAGCGCUGCGCAGAUACGAGCGACUUUGGCUGCCUCUGGCCGGGAAAGGGGAAUGCGAGGGUGCGGCGCCCCCUCUCGACGUACACUGGGUGUGGCUGGUGCACAUGCUGGCCCCUCAGCAUUAUCACCAGGACUGUCAGGCUGUGGCCGGAACACAGGUCCACCAUCGACUCAUGACGUCCAAGGCGCUGGAUCGAGCCCGCGAGCGCGGCCGGCGCCUCUGGGAAGCCGAGUACCCGGAGGAGGCGUGGGACCUCCCGCUCGACGGAUCCUACGCAGAGGAAGACGCUGUCAAGGACGCCGAGAAGGACUCCUUGAUCUCUUAUGAUCUACGGACGGCCGUUGAGAGGCAGAGCGUAUUUUAUUACCAGGUGUCACUCCCACAUUACCGUAACAAGGGCUUUCUGCGACGAAGCGAACGCCGCUACAGACAGUUCCUUGCGCUCAAGAAACUCCAUCCGGACAAGUUCCUCGUUCCGUGCUACGACAUGGAUGUGAUUUGGCACGCACAUCAGGACCAUCCUGUUACGAGCUCCCCGAUCUUGGCAGCAUCCUUGAUGUAG